AUGUUCUUCUUAUUAUUAAUCGUCGGAGCUGCGGCCGCUUUACCGAACCCUGAAGCUAUCGACCAAAACUCCAUAGAAACUAACUUGGAAUCCGCAAGAUCAUUGAGAAGUGACUGCGCUGGAGGCAUUUUCAACCCUUCAUGCUUAAAGAUAGAGGCUAUAUCUUUACUCGAGAAAUUGAGUACAAAAGAUGAGCUUAACCUUUUGCCAGGAGUUAGUGUUGUGAGGGAAGCCAAGGACAAUGAAAGUUCUGCGGAGGAAUUUGCUUCGGAACUAGCGAAGAUUAAGUCAUCAAAGCCUGAUGAAAGGCUGGACAAAUACUUGCUAUACAGGCUCGGGAAAUACUUGGACAGUCACUCAGUGAGGCUGAAGUUGAUCGAUGAUGGUGCUACCGAAGAAGCCAGGGCUUUAAUUGGAGAGGCCAGGAAAGGGGGUGGUUUCGGGGGCGGCGGCAAGAAGGGUGGUAUGGGUGGAUUGAUGGCAGCUGCUCUGAUGAUGAAAGGUACCAUGGCAUCUAUGGCUAUGGGAGGUUUAGCAUUAUUAGCCGGUAAAGCUCUUAUGACGGCUAUGAUGUCCUUGCUCUUGUCAGCCAUUGUGGGUCUCAAGUCAUUAUCCAGCGGAGGAAAGUCAACAACAUACGAAAUCGUAUCAAAACCGAUCUACAGUCAUUCCCAUUCGCAUUCAACAGCUCAUGAAGACGUUGGCGGAUAUGGACACUCAGGAUAUGGCAGAAAUUUGAAGACCAGAAGGCGCUAA